AUGAGAGGACCGCGGCGGCGGAGCAGCGGGCGGCGGGGCGGGCGGCGCGCGGCAGGCGAGAUAAAAGCGGGAGGCGGAGCCGCCGGGGCGGGCGGGGGCGCGGCGGCCGCGGCAGGAACGGAGCGCGAGCGGGAGCGGGCUCGGAGUCGAGGCGGCGCCGCAGCCUGCCGGGCGGACGGGCGAGGGCGAGGGCGAGCGCCCGGCUCCGCGCUACCCCUGCUCCCCGCGCGCUGCCCCUGCUCCCCGCGCGCCGCGCCCGGUCCUGCGCACGCGACGGCCCCCGGCGGGGAGGAGUCCACCGAGUUUGCCCCGGAGCGCGGGGAAGUUUCCCGCGAAGCUCCGCUCCCGGAAAAGGGGGACCAGCCGGCGGCCGCUGGCGAGGGACAAUCUCCUACAGUCCCUUCUGUCUUCAGAGUGUUCCAGUUCACCUAUGUCUUCACUAGCAUUGAUAUGCUGCAUAUUUAUGUUGUAUUGGGAAAGAAAUGUCAUCAGCAAGAAAGGCAGCCAUCUGAAAUGGUCAUGAACCCCAAACAAGUCUUCCUCUCGGUGCUCAUUUUUGGAGUAGCAGGGCUUCUCCUCUUCAUGUAUUUACAAGUCUGGAUUGAAGAACAGCAUACAGGGAGAGUGGAGAAGAAAAGAGAACAAAAAACAACUUCAGGAUGGGAGCCAAUAAAUUACCUACAGCCUGUAGCCAGAAUCAUGACUAGAGAAAAAAUCCAGGAACGUAUCACCGACCAGAACCCCGAGUUCCACAUAACUGAGGAGCCCAAGGGAAAAAAAGAAAAUCUUCUGCUCAACUCUGAGAGGCCAACUAGGGUCUUAAGGAAGACUAGCCACUCACAAGGAGAGGAAAGAGCUUUGGUUAAGACCACAGGGCCACCAACAAUUAAGCUAAGUGAAAAACAUGAAGGAACUAGGAUCGUUUUUAAGAAGUUCAGCGAAAGGAAAUGGCCAUUGGACAUCCGCCCUUUAAACAAAAGUUUAGUCAAAGACAACAGAUGGAAGGAAACAGAUGUGGCCCAGGAGACACGCAGGUCUUUCCUUCAGGAGUUUUGCAAGAAAUAUGGUGGGGUGAGUCGUCCUCAGUCACAUCUUUUUCAUAUGGUAUCCAGGAUCUAUGUGGAAGAUAAACACAAAAUCUUAUAUUGUGAAGUACCCAAGGCUGGCUGCUCCAACUGGAAGAGAAUUCUGAUGGUACUAAGUGGGUUGGCUUCCUCUGCAUACAACAUCUCCCAUGAUGCUGUUCACUACGGGAAGCAUUUGAAAAAACUAGAUAGCUUUGACUUAAAAGGGAUAUAUACUCGUUUAAACACCUACACCAAAGCUGUUUUUGUUCGUGAUCCCAUGGAAAGGUUAGUGUCUGCAUUUAGGGACAAAUUUGAACACCCCAAUAGCUAUUACCAUCCGGUAUUUGGGAAGGCGAUUAUAAAGAAAUAUCGGCCAAAUGCCUGUGAAGAAGCACUAAAUAAUGGAUCAGGAGUCAAAUUCAAAGAGUUUGUCCACUAUUUGCUGGAUUCCCACCGUCCCGUAGGAAUGGACAUUCACUGGGAAAAGGUCAGCAAACUCUGCUAUCCGUGUUUGAUCAACUAUGAUUUUGUAGGGAAAUUCGAAACUUUGGAAGAAGACGCCAAUUACUUUUUACAGCUCGUGGGCGCUCCAAAAGGGCUGAAAUUUCCAAACUUUAAGGAUAGGCACUCUUCUGAUGAAAGAACCAAUGCUCAGGUCGUGAGACAAUAUUUAAAGGAUCUGACUAGAACUGAGAGACAAUUAAUCUAUGACUUUUAUUUCUUGGACUAUUUGAUGUUUAAUUAUACAACUCCAUUUUUGUAG